UUCGCCGUGCUGUAGUUUGGAACAAAUUUUAUUUCUAGUGCUCAAGUAGAAGAAAAAAACCGAAAUGUCGGACAGCAGUGGCUCGGAUAAUGAUAGUGUGAUAUCCAACAGGUCGCGAAAAAGUGGAGUGUCGAAUAGAAGCCGUUCGAUGUCGCGUUCCGCUUCCAGGUCAGUGUCGCGUUCUCGCUCCCGAUCUGCGUCACGAUCCCGUUCCCGUUCCGCGUCGGGAUCCCGAUCCGGGUCAGAUGUCGAACAACCGAGGCCAAAGAAAAAACGCAAAAUGUCCGCUGGGUCAGACGACGAAGAGGAAGCAGAAGAUGAGCAAGAGCCGGAAGGAGAGGACUUGGACUCGGAGGAGUUCGAAGAUGACGAAGACGAUGAUGAUCGCCGCGGUGGGAGGAAGAAGAAGAAAAAGGAGCGCUUUGGUGGUUUUAUCAUUGACGAAGCUGAAGUAGACGACGAGGUGGACGAAGACGAAGAGUGGGAGGAGGGAGCCCAAGAGAUUGGGAUUGUUGGGAACGAGGUGGAAGAAUUUGGACAAACAGCGCGUGAAAUUGAAAAUCGACGUCGUGGCACUAAUUUGUGGGACAAUCAAAAGGAGGAUGAAAUUGAGGAAUAUCUGCGGAAGAAGUAUGCCGACGAAUCGAUUGCCAGGAGACAUUUCGGCGAUGGAGGUGAAGAAAUGUCCGAUGAAAUUACUCAGCAGACUCUUUUGCCGGGAAUUAAAGAUCCAAAUUUGUGGAUGGUUAAAUGUCGGAUUGGAGAGGAAAAGGCUACCGUUUUGCUGUUGAUGAGGAAAUUUCUUACGUAUUCAAACACAGAUGAGCCGCUCCAAAUCAAAGCGGUGGUAGCGCCUGAGGGGGUCAAAGGAUAUGUUUACAUCGAAGCAUACAAACAGACUCACGUUAAGUCAGCCAUCACAAAUGUGGGCAAUCUUAGGAUGGGUAUCUGGAAACAGGAAAUGGUCCCCAUCAAAGAAAUGACCGAUAUUUUGAAGGUAGUGAAGGAGCAAACCGGUCUCAAAUCGAAACAGUGGGUUCGACUGAAGCGUGGUAUAUAUAAGGAUGACAUCGCUCAGGUUGAUUAUGUUGAUUUGGCCCAGAAUCAGGUUCAUUUGAAGCUCCUUCCACGUAUUGAUUACACUCGUUUGAGAGGCGCUCUGAGAACGACUUCGUCCGAAAAUGAUGAAAACAAGCGCAAGAAGAAACGCCGUCCUCCAGCGAAGCCAUUCGAUCCGGAAGCAAUCCGCGCAAUUGGCGGAGAGGUAACUUCCGAUGGUGAUUUUUUGAUUUUCGAAGGCAAUAGAUAUUCACGAAAGGGUUUUCUGUAUAAAAAUUUUACGAUGUCAGCAAUUUUGGCUGAGGGCGUUAAACCAACUCUAGCAGAAUUGGAGCGCUUCGAGGAGCAGCCAGAAGAAAUCAAUAUUGAAUUGGCUGUUUCUACUAAGGAGGAUCCCGUGUCGUCGCACUCGUUUUCAAUGGGUGACAAUGUUGAAGUUUGUGUUGGAGACUUGGAGAAUUUGCAAGCCAAAAUUAUCGCCAUUGACGGAGCACUCAUUACGGUCAUGCCCAAGCACGAAGACUUGAAAGAUCCUCUCAUAUUCAAGGCUUCUGAAUUGCGAAAAUAUUUCAAAACCGGCGAUCACGCAAAGGUUCUAGCUGGUCGCUACGAAGGUGAAACUGGUUUGAUUGUUCGUGUGGAACCUCAACGUAUUGUACUGGUAUCAGAUUUAACUAUGCACGAACUGGAAGUUCUCCCUCGCGAUUUACAGUUAUGUUCUGACAUGGCCACCGGUGUGGAUUCGCUUGGACAGUAUCAAUGGGGUGAUUUGGUACAGCUGGACGCCCAAACAGUGGGCGUUAUCGUACGCUUGGAAAGAGAAAAUUUCCAUGUUUUGGGAAUGCAUGGCAAAGUGAUGGAAUGCAAGCCCACUGCGUUGCAGAAGCGCCGAGAGCAUCGAAAUACAAUAGCAUUGGAUGCAGAUCAGAAUCAGAUUCGUCGCAGAGAUAUUGUGAAAGUUAUGGAAGGCCCACAUGCUGGUAGAGAUGGAGAAAUCAAACAUUUGUACAGAAAUCUAGCCUUUCUCCACUCGCGGAUGUAUACCGAAAAUGGUGGUAUCUUUGUAUGCAAAACUAGACAUCUCCAACUUGCUGGCGGAAAUAAAUCGCAGGCUAACGCUCUGAUGCCGAUGGGGCAGUUUGGAUUCAUGUCACCACGAAUACAUUCGCCUAUGCACCCAUCCGGAGGACGUGGCGGACGCGGAGGGGGUGGAGGCCGUGGUGGUCGUGGCGGGGGAAAUCGUGUUAGCCGAGACCGGGAAAUUCUUGGCAAGACUAUCAAAAUCACUGGAGGGCCAUACAAGGGUGCUGUUGGUAUCGUGAAAGAUGCCACCGAAAGCACAGCUCGUGUUGAAUUGCACUCCUCUUGUCAAACGAUUUCGGUGGACAGAAACCACAUUGUCAUUGCCGGCGCAACUCCGAAAGAAGGUUCGAUUUCAAGCUACGUCAGGACCCCCAGCCGAACUCCAGGCAGCAGCUAUGGCGCUCAAACUCCGGUAUAUUCGGGUUCCAAAACACCACUGCAUGGAUCGCAGACACCUUCCUACGAUGUUGGUAGUCGUACUCCUUACGGUUCAAUGACUCCGUCUCACGAUGGCAGUAUGACUCCAAGGCACGGUGCAUGGGAUCCGCUGGUCACCAAUACACCGGCACGGUCCAACGACUUCGACUUCAACAUGGAAGAACAAUCACCGAGUCCUGGCUACAACCCCAGCACACCAGGUUAUCAGAUAAAUACACCGUUCGCCCCACAUACUCCAGGAAAUAUGUUCAAUUCGGAAAACUACAGUCCAUAUCAGCAAAGUCCCAGCCCAAGUCCAUCGCCGUAUCAGGCUGGAUACAUGGGCACACCCUCACCAAGCGGAUAUUCUCCUUCUCCGGCUCCACAGUCUCCGUAUAAUCCCCAGACACCGGGUGCCAGUUUGGACUCACAAUUAGGCGAAUGGUGCACUACAGGAAUCGAUGUAGAGAUUCGCAACCAUGAGGAUGCCGAUCUGGCUGGUCAGACAGGCAUCAUAAGAACGGUUAACAGUGGCGACUGUUCGGUGUUUUUGCCAGAGGAGGAUCGCGUUCUUUCGGUACUAUACCAGAAUCUGCAGCCGGUGGUCCCAGGUCCGGGUGAUCGCUUCAAAGUGAUUUUCGGAGAUGAGCGCGAAACAACGGGCGAAUUCCUUUCGAUGUCCAGCAGCAAAGAGGCGUUUGUUUCCAUUAACGGCAAUAAGAAGCUGAUGCCGCUGAACUAUCUUUGUAGAAUCAAAACGGACUAG